CAUCAAUUGAAUGGCAAAGCAGGCUUCUUUAUAACUCUAUUUUACUAUCAAGCAUUUGAAAUAGGUUAGGGGUAAAGGAGUAAUAUGGGAUGGUGGUUAAUAUUUUAUUAAGGUGUUUAACGGUCCCUGUCAGAUCAGCUGACCGUUGGGAGGUUACCUUCAAAUUUCCCACAUCCUUUUCUUCCUUCCCUCUCACCAAACGCAUUGCUUCAGAACAGAUGAAUUGAAGUAGAAGAAAAGAAGACAAGGAAGAGAGGAGAGGAGCACAGAUUGAUGAGAGUUUUUUUUAAGUGCCCGACAAACCAGUAGGUGAGCCAUCACUCUAAUGGAUGAGUUCUCCUUCGAUCGAUCCCCUCAUCUCUUUAGGAGUCACAAGCCCCUUCCUCUUCCUCUGGCCACCCAGGCUCUUAAAUCAUUUGUAAGAAAGCUCAUAGCUUGGGUGAGAAUGGAGAAGGAGAACAGAACAGAAUUUUAUGGGAAGUGGAUGUUUCAUUAUCAGGCAGUGUCCAUGCUCCUUGUUCAGGAAAUUGGGAUUUGUUAUGUCAGUUCUCCUCUGCGGCAUGAUGUUCAAUCAUGCAGUAAAAUGGGAUGUAAUUUCAUGGACUCCAGAUGGAUAUGUGUGUUCACUUCCUAGGCGGUGGUGACGAUGCAUGAACAAUUACCAAGUGUACCGACACAUCAUGAGCCCUGGGUGGACCUUAGGAUGGACAUGGGCAAAGAAAGAGGUGAUUUGGUCCAUGGUGGGUGCCCAGACAACUGAGCAAGGAGACUGCUCCAAGUUCAAGGGGAACAUACCUCACUGCUGCAAGAGGUCUCCAAUGGUCGUCGACUUGCUCCCUGGGGUCCCUUACAGUCAGCAGAUUGCAAAUUGCUGCAAAGGAGGGGUGGUUGCAUCCUGGGGUCAGGAUCCAGCAGCAGCAGUGUCAGCCUUUCAGGUGAGUGUUGGGCUUGCUGGGACCUCGAACAAGACGGUGAAGCUGCCUAUGAACUUCACACUGCUGGGACCUGGUCCAGGGUACACCUGUGGACCAGCCAAGGUGGUGCCAUCCACUACAUUCCACGCUGAUCGUCGCCGGAAAACCCAAGCACUCAUGACCUGGAAUGUGACUUGCACCUAUUCACAACUUUUGGCAUCCAAGAGCACCAUCACCCCUCCCUGCUGCGUCUCCUUCUCAUCCUUCUACAACAGCACCAUCACCCCUUGCCCCAGCUGUGCCUGUGGCUGCCACCACCACAAGAACUGCAUCAAAGGCGACUCGAAGCUGCUGACCACAACAAGGAUCAACAUGCCGAGGAAAGACAACACUCCCCUGUUGCAGUGCACUCAUCACAUGUGCCCCAUCCGCGUGCGCUCGCAUGUGAAGUUCGACUACAAGAACUACAGGCGUGCCAAGAUUGCCAUAACCAACUUCAACUACUGCCUGAACUACACGCAGUGGACCCUCGUCAUCCAGCAUCCCAACCUCAACAAUGUCACCCAACUCUUCAGCUUCGACUACAAGCCCCUUGUCCCCUAUGGCUCCAUCAAUGACACUGGGAUGUUCGGCAUGAAGUAUUACAAUGAUCUGCUCAUGGAGGCUGGGACAUUUGGCAAUGUGCAGUCGGAGCUGCUUUUGCAGAAGGACCAGAACACAUUCACUCUGAAACAAGGGUGGGCGUUCCCUCGUAAAGUAUACUUGAAUGGUGAUGAAUGUGCAAUGCCCCCUCCAGAUUCAUACCCUUACCUGCCUAACUCUGCUCCUGUCAUGCUACAGAUGUUCGCCACUUCAGUGCUCCUGCUGAUAGUAUUGCUGCUGUCAUGAGGGUGGGCUCGGUAAGCUCGUAUUUAAGAUUAACUGUUUUACAAUUUUUGGACAAUGCAGAUAAAUUGUUCUCAGGGUAUAGAAGAUUGGGUAUUGCUUGUCACAAGGAACUUAGAAAAAUUCAGGGGUUAUAGAAUCACCAAGCCAGUUUUGUAUUUGUUUCAUGAGAUGGUGAAUGGUCGAGGUUCUCAGUUCCUGGAGUCUUAAAUGCCUACAGAAAGGUUCUGUCAAGAGCUAGACAUUCUUGAUGCAAGCUCUGUGCUCCCACACUUGACUACCCAAAGUCCUUCCUUUUUUAUAACAUGAUUGAAAAAAGACUGAACAAUUCACAGAUUGCAAGAUAGAGAAAAAUACUUUCUUUCAUAUCCAAAACUGCUUCCACAAUGUUGCUUAUGCAAUAAUUGAUGGAAGAAUUCAAGAAGUUUUCAAAGUUACCUUGUAGGAUUCAGACAUUCUACAACUCCAAAUAUUAAUGUCUAAGUGAAUUUUCAGUUCA